UCCACGCGCUUGGCUUGUAAUUCGAAUACAGGUGAAACCACAGGUUAAUUUAAAAGUGAAGGAGCAAUGGGGACUUUUCCGGAGGACUGGUCUGGUUUUAAUCCCAUGGCUGAAGAUUUCUACAACGAGGCGCAAAACAAGUACAUCAACGAAUGUGGACAGAAUCUGAUCGAGGAGGCUCCUGCUCCGCUCAAGGAUGAAAAGGAGAAACGCGCCAUCAAGCAGGCUAAAUAUCCAUACCUGGUGGUUCCCAAGAGCAGUUCUUCUGUGACAGAAAGGAUGCUAAUCAACUUCUUUGGGCAUGCUCUCAUUCAGGACUUGGAAUUCCGCAGAGUGUCGCGCGUUUACUUUGUCUAUUUUCCUAAUAUUGGAUCCCUAGAGGCUGCGCGUCUAAAGGUGGAGCGAUUCCCAAACCUGAUCAAGUGCAUCACUGGGCGUCACCAGACGGAGCACGCAAGCUCUAUCCCUGAAUCACAGAAAGCGAAUGAGCCAAUGCCAAAACCGGAUCCAGCAUUCACGGUCACUGAACGUACCCCUGUGAAUCUGGAUUCCCGUAAUAUUACCGUCUCAUACGGCAGGAACAAACAUCCUGAUAUCAGGCGGCCUCCAUUGGUAACCAAAAAGGAUUACACGGCCAAGGGAUCGCUGUUGGCCAAAAACGAUCCCAUUCAACGCUAUCUCAAUGUCAAGUACGAGUUCGCUCUGGAGCGUUACAAUGCCUAUAAAGUCAAGGACGAAACAAAGAUAUCGGAGGUCGUUCUGCACUUUCGAUCCGGAAGAACCAUUCCAGUUUCAGCGAUUGCAGCCGAUCAUGGGGUGAAAGCCGGAAAUCUGUUGGAAUAUGGUGUAAGCAAAUGCAUUGUGUGUCAAAACUGGACAGAUACUUUUUGUAAGCUUUGCAAGAUGCCCUUUUGCAAUGCGUCGUGUUUCGCGGAUGUUGCCGACAAGCACAAAGAGACGUGCGGCAAGGAAGAGCUGCUCGAACUUGACGAAAAAGUGGGACGUAAGUUCCCGAAACCCGGAUUGCCGCCGUCCGGAUCCAAAGUCAGGAUCACGGCUUUCGAGCAGACAAAUGUGGUCUACGUCCGCUCGGCGGACAUUAAGGUGGAUAUCGCCUACUUUUCUGUGCUCACAGAGGUGAUGAUGAAGGGCAAAACUGCGCCCAAAUUGCAGAACAAGCCAGACUGCGGACAGAUCGUACUCUACGAUUUUGAGACCAGAAUCUCCCGCGCAAUAGUGCUCAAUGUUGAUGAUCCCAAGGACAUCUAUGUAGUCUGCAUCGAUUUUGGCAGCGUUGAAGUCACGCAGCUGGAAAAUCUGUACGAAUGUAGUCCCUAUCUGGCUGGUUUGCCCUGUUAUCCCGUUGCGGUGCAGCUACGAGGCGUUCCAAGGCGUUUUGUGGGUCCCAACAUAAGGGAAAUUAUGUACAAACUCGAUCAGGAAAUGGUGUUUGAUAUUAAAUACUCUAAGCGCGAGUACGACUUUAGCAAGGGCUUGCAAAUCGUGGUAUUGACCGAGAUCGAUAUUAAUAUCAGCUUGAACCGCCUUUUUAAAACCAUAAUGACGCCUGUGGAACCGGAUUUAUCGGAACCAGGAUACAACGAGGAAUGGCUUUCACACAUCCCUUUGAAUACUGGCAAGAACGUUGAUUUGGUUGUGACGGACAACACUCUCCUGAGCUGCAACUUAAUUUACUGCACGCCCACAUUUCUGGCAUUCGAGGUCACCAAAAUGCAGAGGGACAUACAGGAAUAUGGCGAAAAGAUUGCGAAGUGUGAAGCCUACGCUCCUCAGAAAAGUACACUAUGUAUCGCCAAGUAUGAAGGAAAAUGGUGUCGGGGACUUUGCUUAGAAAUGGUGGGUGAUGGAUAUCCCAGCAUUUUGUUUAUUGAUUACGGAAACAUUGUGCCGACCCAUGUCAGCGAUAUACGUCCGUAUCCGCCGCAGUUUAACUACCCUAUAAUGACCACUGAGCUGGAUUUGAUUGAUUUGCCUGGCAAGCUUACCGAUGAGCAGAUCAAACGUAUCGAGCAGUUUUUAGCAGUGGGCACCACCGUGAACUGCAACGAGAUCAUUUAUAACAAGGAUGACAAUAACUAUUCCGUUCGCAUAGACGAAUUGCAGGCAAUUUUAAACCUGCACUAGAAUUUAAUUUCCACUUCCUCAGGAUAAGGAAUCAAGUGAAGAAGCCACUUAAAGUACUUUUAUAUUUUUUAAGUUCAAGAUCUCUUUCCGAUCUGUUUUUUC